AUGGAUGUGCCCGUAACAGUAUGUGAAAAACUCCGAGUAUUGGAUGGUGGCUUUGGUACAGAAUUAGAAGCAGCGGGUUACAGUACUGAAAAUGAUCCACUGUGGAGUGCUGCGGCACUGUUCGACAGGCCAGAUCUCGUACUUCAGACCCAUAAGAGAUUCAUUGAAGCUGGCUGUGACAUUAUUCUUACCAACACUUAUCAUGCUAGUAUCAGCACCAUGAUGAACACUCGUGGCUUGACGAAGACUGCCGCCGAAUCAGUCCUCAAAGUAAUCGUUUGUUUCCGCACGGUUAUAAUUAGCUCUUGGUUCACUGUGUCAAUCCAUCGUUAG